ACUUUUUCAGCCCCGUCCAAUGGUCUUUCUUAAAUUAGCAAAUGGGGGUGGAAGUCUCCCCUCCCAGGGCUGAGGGAAGGAGGGGCCGAUGCCUGUCACUGUCUACUGUUUCAUUAUUACCUGCAGAGCCCUGCAGCAUUCCCCACACUCAUGUCUCUGUGUGGCCACACUGAAGCACAGAGACACAGGACAGAUUUUUGCCUGAGCCAUCAGAGAAACUUCUUUUUUCUAUGCCUUUUUGUCAACCAGCAGCAGAAAAAUCCAUCUGCUGCUGAUUUUUGAAAUAUACUGCAAGGCAACUCAGUGGACAUGGCUGGUUGUCUGCCAAGUUUCCAACUUUGUCAAAAUUGGGUGCUUUUAAGAUGCCUCCUUGUGACUUUAUCUCUCAACUCCUGUUUUGUUCCAGUUUCCUCGCAAUCCUUUGAUCAUGCUCAGCUCCAUUACCGCAGGUCUAGACUUCUGGAGGACAAUAUAAUAGUUGCAAACAAUGGGAUCAGGGUGCCCUUUGGAAGAUCUGUGUUUCUGGACCCAGUGAAUGAUCUUGUGACAGAAGUUCAGCCUGGUGACCGCUGCCACAUCACAGUUCUGGACAAUGACCCAUUUGGCCAGAAACCCGGGAUUUUGACUCCAAAAAAGUUUCCCUGUUCCUUUGGAGCGAAUGAAGUGAAAUACACUCAUUUUGGAUCUCGGAGCCCUAGCACGGACCGUGUGAAGCUGCAGCUUCGGUAUGACUCUCAGACGGACACGGUCAUCAUCCCUUUCAUGCUGGAGGUCGAGGUGGUUUUCCAACAGCUUGAGAUCCUCACCAGGAAUAUGCCCCUCAAUGUUGAAAAGCUCAAUGGUGAAAGCAAUCCCAUUGACAGAAAGGCUCUGGAGUUUUCAUUUGAGGAUGGUGUCACACAGUGUAAGAUUACCACCCUGGUUGGUGCUGGAGAUCUUCCCAGGUAUGGCACACUUUUGAAUAACCCAACUGAUGGCCAAAUGGUUGACUGUGAUGAAUUUGUAAAGCUGGGUAUACGCUACAAACACACCGCUAAAACCAAUUCACCAAACAGGGACUAUAUUCCAAUGAUGGUAGAGGUACAAGAUAAUGAUGGAAAGACAAUAAUGCAAGAAUAUUUUCAAAUGAUGGUUAGAAUAAGGGAGGGGACUGAAAACACUGCUCCCAAAGCCAGCUUUGUUGCCAUGAUGAUGAUGGAAGUUGAUCAGUUUGUGAUGACAGCUAUUACAAGUGACAUGUUGGCUGCUGAAGAUGUUGAAUCUGAUCCAGAUGAUUUGAUUUUCAACAUUACUUCCUUUUUGAGCCCUCAGCAUGGCUACAUCAUCAGCACAGAUGAUCAGAACCUUCCCAUUACUUCUUUCUAUCAGCGAGACAUCAAAGACCUGAAAAUAGCCUACAAACCACCUGCAGAGGACUCGGAUGAAGAGAGGAUUUUCCAGCUAGAGUUUGAAAUUGUAGAUACUGAUGGUGCAGUGUCUGAUCCGUUUGCUUUUAUGAUUGUGGUAAAGCCCAUGAAUACCUUGGCUCCAGUUGCUACUAAAAAUACAGGACAGCUAUUGUUUGAAGGACAGUCCAGAGCUCUGUCCAGCUCCCAGAAUUUACAGAUUAGUGAUGAGGAUAACCUGCAGGAUGUACGAAUCAGAGUUGUCGAUGGCUUAAAGCAUGGCGAUCUGUCUGUCCUCGGUGCACGCAGAAAGUUCUUUACACCUGCUGAUUUAGAUGCCGGCAUUGUUGUGUACCAGCAUGAUGGAAGCGACACCUACAGUGACAAUAUUAUCUUCAGGAUGACUGAUGGAAGAAAUGAAGUGGAAUUUUUGUUCCCCAUCACCAUUGCUCCUACUGAUGAUGAGCCACCUAUUAUUAAUGCCAACACUGGGCUGGUUCUGUUCAAGAAUGAAAUUAUGCAAAUUUCUCCUUUUAUCUUGAGUGCCACAGAUAUUGACUCAGAGGAUUCUACUAUUAAGUUUGUUUUGGAAGCACCCUAUUCUACUGUGGGACAGCUUGUGCUCAGGCAGGUAGAGCCACCUGAGGAUCCUUCUCAGUGGAAAUUCAGUGAAACGGAUGAGAUGUUUGAACAAGUGGUCACUGAGUGGUUUCAGCAGGACAUCCUUGAUGGAAAACUCUUCUAUCGUCACAUUGGGCCCCAUAGCACCACCACAGUAACGGAUCAGUUUGUAUUCCGCGUCCAGGAUGACAAUGACCCUCCCAAUCAAUCCGUUGAACAUGCAUUCACCAUAAAAAUCCAACCAGUUGAUGACCUCCCCCCAGAGCUUUUGCCAGGCACAACUCUCCAUAUGACAGUUCAAGAAUAUGAACUAACAUUCUUUAGAAGGAAUUUCUUGUGUUAUACUGAUCUAGACUCAGAUGACAGGGAUUUGAAAUACACUAUCACAAAACAACCAACUGACACAGAUGAGAACAAUCCAGUUCCCUUAGGUGCAAUUGUGUUAACUGAGAGCCCUAACACGAUAAUUUCAGAGUUCACACAAGCCCAGGUCAAUCAUCACAAAAUAGCUUAUAAGCCUCCAGACCAGGAGCUUGGCAUCACUCCAAAAGUAGUUCAGUUCACGUUUGUUGUGGAAGACACCGCUGGUAAUACAGCAGAUGGACUAUUUACAAUUUUUCUACAGCCAGUAGAUAACAAGCCUCCUCUUAUCACCAACACAGGAUUCACUGUAAUGGAAAGAAGUACGUAUAUUAUUACCACGAAGGAGCUGCAUGCCACUGACACCGAUACAGAUGAUGAAAAUAUCAUCUUCACUGUGACCCAGAUUCCUCAAUAUGGGCAGCUACAGCAUUUAGGAAUUGACAUGUCAAACGGUGAAGCUUUUGUGCUGGACGACAUUGCUAACAGCCGCCUAACCUAUAUCCAUAGUGGGGAAGAAUCCCUCAGUGACUUCAUCAAACUCUCUGUAAGUGAUGGUUUUCAUGAGGUACCCAUUUCAGUGAGAAUUACCAUUGAGCCAGUUGAUGAUGAAUCUCCUACAAUUAUGCUCCCAGGUGGCGUACUUGGUACUUCCAUUGACGUGUUGGAGAAUGGAGCAACACAAAUUACAAGUAAUGUAAUUCAGGGUCGAGAUGAAGACACUGACGACCUCAUGCUUACUUUUAUUGUUGAAGAACCUCCCAGACUGGGUGAAAUCUUAGUUAAUGGUGCUCCUGCUGAGAGAUUUACUCAAGAAGAAAUCAUUAAUGGAAUGGUGGCAUAUGUCCAUACAUCUGGGGAAAUUGGGCCUGUCAAACAACAUGAUUCUUUUAACUUGACUCUUUCCGAUAUGUCUGAACAGUGGGUUGUUGGUGGCAACAAAAUCCAAGGAGUCACCGUUCAUGUUACUAUACUUCCUGUUGACAGCAUUCCACCUGUUGUCAGAGUUGGAGAACAGCUUCUUGUUGUAGAAGGGGAGAAAAAUGUAAUUACUCUUGACCAUAUUGAAGCUGAAGAUGUUGACACUAACAAUGAUGACAUCAUCUGCACUAUAAUUGUCCAGCCAACAUCGGGUUAUGUGGAGAACAUCUCCCCAGCUGUGGGUUCUGAGAAAUCCAGAGCUGGGACAGCCAUCACUGCCUUUACCAUUAAAGAUGUCUCCCUCAGUCACAUCUACUAUGUACAAAGCAUCCAUAAAGGGGUUGAACCCAUUGAGGAUCGAUUCACUUUCCGCUGCUCAGAUGGAAUUAACUUCUCUGAGCGACACAUUCUCCCUAUAGUCAUAAUUCCAGCAAAUGAGGAGAAGCCUGAAAUUUUCAUCCGUGAAUUUGUAGUAAUGGAGGGCAUGAAUCUCAUUAUUGACACGCCAAUUUUGAAUGCAGUUGAUGCUGACAUCCCUGGAGAUGAAUUACUCUUUGAGAUCAUCAAAAAACCAAACCAUGGUAUGAUAGUUCAGCAGCUUGGCACUAGCACCAUCCCCGUGGAAAAGUUCAACCUGGAGCAGAUCAAAGAGGCAUCAGAUAUUGUUUAUGAACACGAUGAUUCAGAAACCACAAAAGACAGUUUUGAGGUCCGGCUCUCUGAUGGAAAACACACAGUGGAGAAAACUGUUCUCAUUAUGGUGAUUCCUGUCGAUGACGAGACUCCAAGAAUGACUAUAAAUGAUGGUCUGGAUGUAGAGAUCGGUGAAACAAAAGUCAUAAACAAUGGAGUUUUGAAGGCAACAGAUCUGGACUCUGAAGACAAAGAACUCACUUAUGUUCUCCGAUUUGGCCCUGGCCAAGGUUAUCUUCAGCGAGUGAGCAAAUUUGGUGAUGUUACAGGAAAUAUCACAGUGGGAAUGAAUUUUACGCAGGAUGAAAUUGACAGACAAGUUAUCCAGUAUGUGCACACAGGUCAGGAAGGCAUUCGUGACCUGAUGAAAUUUGAUGUCACUGAUGGCAUUAAUCCACUUAUUGACCGUUACUUUUACAUCAACAUUGGAAGCAUUGACAUGGUUUUUCCUGAUGUCAUCAACAAAGGUGUGACACUUAAAGAAGGGGGGAAAGUAACUCUCACCACUGACCUUCUCAGUACCUCUGACAUCAACAGUCCUGAUGAGUACCUCAGCUUCAGCAUCACAAGAGCACCUAGUAGAGGUCACUUGGAGUGCACUGACUACCCAGGUGUUCCCAUUUCCACCUUCACUCAGCUGCAACUGGCUGGCAACAAGAUCUACUACAUCCACACCUCAGACGACGAGGUGAAAAUGGACAGUUUUGAGUUUGAGGUCACAGAUGGAUACAAUCCCGUCUUCCGGACUUUCAGAGUGUCUAUCACUGAUGUAGACAAUAAAAAACCCAUAUUAACAGUACACAAACUGAUUGUAGAAGAAGGAGAAAGCAAGCUCAUCACACCUUUUGAGCUGACUGCAGAGGACAGGGACACUCCAGACAAAAUGUUGCGCUUCAUAGUCACACAGGUGCCAGUUCAUGGCCAGCUGCUAUUCAACAACACCCAACAAAUCACGACUUUCACCAAGCAAGACUUGAACAAAAACCUUAUCAGCUAUAAGCAUGAUGGCACUGAGACCAAUGAAGACAGCUUCUCUUUCACCGUCACAGACGGGACGCAUACGGACUUUUAUGUCUUUCCUCACACUGUUUAUGAGACACGUAAGCCCCAAAUGAUGACCAUUCACAUCAAUACAGUGGACAAUGGUGUACCCCAGAUUGUCGUCAACAAGGCAGCUGCCUCCCUGAAAGUUCUCCAAACAGGACACCUUGGCUUUCUGAUCACUAGUAAGGUCCUUCGAUCAGAAGACCGAGACAGUCCUAAUCGGGUCCUUAAGUACACUGUGUCUGAGGCUCCACUGCAUGGCUUCAUCAUCAACACUGCGCUGGGCAAUAACAGCAUCAAGAGUUUCACACAAGCUGACAUUAAUGAAAUGAAGAUCUGCUAUGUGCUGCUGGAUGGGAGCAAUGCCACUAGCGACAUCUUCUUUUUCACAGUUGAAGACAACGCUGGAAAUAAACUGAAACCUCAGCCUUUCCGGCUCAACUGGGCCUGGGUCUCCCUGGAGCGGGAAUUCUACUUAGUAGAUGAAGAUGCCAAAGUGUUGGAGGUGACACUGAAACGCAGAGGUUAUUUGGGAGAAACGUCCUUUGUCAGUAUUGCGACUAAAGAUGGCACCGCGGAGAAGGACAAGGACUUCAGGGGAAAAGCCCAGAAGCAGGUCCAGUUCAACCCAGGCCAGACCACAGCUACCUGGAGGGUGAAGAUCUUUACAGACCAAGAGUUUGAGACCUCAGAGACGUUUGAGAUAGAGCUGUCAGACCCAGUCAUGGCUGUGCUGGAGUAUCCUGACACUGCAGUCGUGGAGAUUGUGGACCCUGGAGAUGAAUCGACUGUCUUCAUACCUCAGUCUGAAUUUAGGGUAGAGGAGGACAUUGGUGAAUUGUUAAUCCCAGUGAGGCGUUCAGGAGAUGCUAACCAGGAGCUAAUGGUCAUUUGCUACACUCAGCAAGGCACAGCGACCGGCACCAUACCCAGCACUGUCCUGUCGUACUCCGACUACAUCACCCGACCUGAGGAUCACACCUCCGUGCUGCGCUUCGACAAGGAUGAGCGUGAAAAAGUCUGCCGCAUCCUUAUCAUUGAUGACUCCCUCUACGAGGAUGAGGAGAGCUUCAACGUCAGCCUUAGUAUGCCCAUGGGGGGGCAGUUGGGCGCCAAGUUCCCCUCAGCCAAAGUCACCAUUUUGGCAGACAGUGAUGAUGAACCAUCGUUAUACUUUGGGGAGACUGAGUAUACGGUAGAUGAGAGUUCAGGUUACGUGGAGGUAAAAGUCUGGAGGACAGGCACUGACCUGUCCAAGACUGCUACAGUCACCGUCCGCUCCAGGAAGAGCGAUCCUCUUUCUGCAGAAGCUGGACUCGACUAUGUCGGUAUUAGUCGCAACCUGGACUUUGCUCCAGGAGUGACAAUGCAGACAUUUCGAGUGACCAUCCUAGAUGACCUGGGUCAGCCGGAGCUGGAGGGGCCUGAGUUUUUUGAUCUGGUGUUGAGGAUGCCCAUGAAUGCUGUGUUGGGGGAACCGAGCAAAACAACCAUUACCAUCAACGAUACAGUCACAGAUUUGCCAAAGGUUCAAUUUAAAGAAGGAAGCUACAAGGUGGAUGAGUCGGAGGGGGAAGUGAGAGCCAUGGUGUACCGCAGUGGAGACAUUAGCCUCACAUCCACGGUGCGUUGCUACACCCGGCAGGGCUCUGCUCAGGUCAUGAUGGAUUACACGGAAAGGCCAAACACUGACGCAUCGCUCCUUACUUUCCUGCCAGGUGAGUCGGAGAAGUUCUGUGUGGUGAGGCUGAUGGACGACUCCAUCCACGAGGAGGACGAGGAGUUUCGUUUGGUGCUGGGAAAUCCCAAGAGCACGUCUCCCUUUGGAGCUGCGGUCGGGGAGCAGAAGGAAGCGCUGGUCACUGUCACGGAUAACAAAGACAAGCCCAUCAUCAAGUUUUCUGAGAUUAAGUACAGUGUGCGUGAACCUUUAGUGAAGGGAGAUGUUGCAACAGUGAAGAUUCCUAUUCUGCGUUUCGGAGACACCUCAAAGGUUUCAGUGGUUAGGGUGCACACAAAGGAUGGCUCUGCCACCUCUGGAGAGGACUACAACCCGCUCUCAGAAGAUGUGGAAUUCAAGGAGGGCGACAGGGAACAUUUUGUGGAAAUUGAGAUCCUGUAUGACGGACAGAGAGAGAUGAGAGAAGCCUUCACUGUCCACAUGAAGCCUGAUGACAACAUGGUGGCAGAAAUACAGAUGAAUAAGGCCAUUGUGUACAUUGAAGAGAUGGACAGUGUGGCAGACGUCACCUUCCCGGCAGUUCCUCAGGUUGUGUCCCUGCUUAUGUAUGAUGACACAGGCAGAACCAGAGACAGGCCCCACCCACCCAAUGGAUACCCAGUUGUGUGUGUGACGGCGUGCAACCCAAAGUACCACGACUUUGACAAAACCGGUUCCAUCUGCUCUGCGGAGAACAUCAAUGACACUUUGACCCAGUACCGCUGGCUGGUGAGCGCUCCUACUGGACCAGAUGGAGUGACAAGCCCCAUGAGGGAGGUGGACACCAACACCUUCUUCACCAACACAAAGUCAAUCACCCUGGAUUCAAUCUACUUCCAAGCUGGCUCCAGAGUUCAGUGUGCAGCGAGAGCUUUUAACACCAACGGAGAUGCUGGCCUGGAGCUCUCUAGCUCCAUCACCAUCAUCAGCACUGAGGAAGGUAUGUGCCAGCCCCGCAUCCCAGGAACUGUUGGAGCAGAACCCUUCUCUGCUAAGAUCCGCUACACAGGCCCGGAUGACCCAGACUUCCCCAAUCUCAUCAAACUGAAUGUCAACAUGCCUCACAUGGAUGGAAUGCUGCCAGUGAUCUCCACCAGACCUCUCUCCAACUUUGAGCUCACCCUGAGCCCAGAUGGGACUCGAGUGGGCAACCACCGUUGCUCCAACCUGCUGGACUUCAACGAGAUCCAAACCAGCCACGGCUUCAUCACAGACGCAACGAAGAACCCUGAAAUUAUCGGCGAGACUUCGCCUUACCAGUACAACACCAUAAUGCGUUCAGCCAAUUCCCUACGCUUCUACAGAAAUCUGAACUUGGAGGCCUGCCUCUGGGAAUUCACCAGCUACUACGACAUGUCCGAACUGCUGAAUGACUGUGGAGGUUCGAUAGGCACCGACGGACAGGUGCUGAACUUGGUCCAGUCCUAUGUCACUUUGCGGGUUCCUUUAUUUGUGUCCUACGUCUUCCACUCUCCGGUGGCAGUCGGAGGCUGGCAGCACUUUGAUUUGCAAUCAGAGCUUAAGCUCACCUUUGUGUACGACACUGCUAUUCUGUGGCAGGACGGCAUUGGCAGUCCACCUGAGGCAGAGCUCCAAGGGGCCAUGUAUCCCACCAGCAUGCGCAUAAACGAAGAGGGCCGCCUUGUGGUCAACUUCAAGACCGAGGCCCGCUUCAGGGGACAGUUUGUUAUGUCUCAUCCAGGAACCAGUGUGUCGUCUGUGGUGAUGUGUGCCGACCAUCCCGGCCUGACGUUUACACUCAACUUGGUCCGGACUGAGCCCACAUAUAACCAGCCCAUGCAGCAGUGGAACUUUGUCUCUGAUUUUGCUGUGCGGGACUACUCCGGGACUUACACUGUAAAAAUGGUCCCCUGCAUUGCGUCUCCCAGUGGCGAGUUCAGCAUUCCUCCUGUUUGCCACCCAAGAGAGCCCCUUACCUUUGACAUUGACAUUCGCUUCCAGCAGGUGAGUGAUCCAGUGGCAGCAGAGUUCAGUCUGAACACUCAGAUGUUCCUGCUGUCCAAGAAGGAACUCUGGCUGUCUGAUGGCUCCAUGGGUUUUGGAGAAGGGACUGACGCCGCUUUCUCAGAGGGUUCCAUGAUUUAUGGUCGUGUGAUGGUAGAUCCCGUCCAGAACCUGGGUGACUCCUUCUCCUGCAGUAUUGAAAAAGUGUUUCUCUGUACUGGAGCAGAUGGAUAUGUCCCCAAAUAUAAUCCUACAAACUGGGAGUAUGGUUGCCUGGCAGAUGCUCCUUCACUGCUUUACAGAUUCAAGAUUUUGGACAAAGCUCAACCUGAAACUCAAGCCUCAUCUUUUGGAGAUGUUUCCUUCAAGGCCACGUUGGCUCAGGACACUCCCGGAGCUCUGCCUCUGAUCAGGCAGCCGGGCUCAGACGGGUUUUCUCUGUCCUCAUCACCUCUCUUCCAGGUUGCUGCUGGUCGAGAAUGGUUCAUCCACGCCAUUUACACGGUUCGCUCCAGAGAAAACGCCAACCGCAACAUUGGCAAGCGCAGCGUGGAAUAUCUCCAUCACAGCGUCUCCACGUUUGAGGGCCCCAACACUCGCCACCGCCGUGCAGCCUCCGCGUUCUCCGGGCCGGCUCUGGCCCAGGACAUCGGCGUCGAAAACAGUCGGGGUACCAACAUCCAGCACAUCGCUUUGGAUCGAACCGACCGCAUGGUGAUCAGCCAGCGGCAGCCCUGGUCUCCCAAUCAAAACGCGGUCCUGGAGCGGCCACUGUUGGAGAGUUCAGGCAGGCAGCCUGAUACGUCCUUCCUGCCCAUGCUGGUGGGGAUUGGGGGUAUGAUUCUACUCAUCUGCCUCAUUGCUACCAUAGUCAUUCUGCUGCUGUUGCGGCGUAAGAGGAAGGAGAAAGAAAAGCACUUCCCUCCUUACACCACCUCGUCUUCUUCGGCCUAUGCUGGAUACAAACGUGGCCUGGCAGGUAUGUGGAGCAGCUCAGACAGCUCUGAGGUCUGAAAGAGGACCCCACCCCAAAACUCCAUCUCCUUUAAGGACUAUAAUAGUCUCCUCCAAGUGUGCCUUAGACCCCUAACCUGUGUUGCACUAAAUGGAGCGCCGUGCAGCCUGUGGACGGCACACGUCAGUGCCUGCAGACAGAAUGUAACAGUUCUCUUCCUUUGAUGCAGCCAUAUUGGAUUCAUGGAAAACCCCAAAAUAUUACAGAUCUCUUAUUGGCUGAAAGUUGUCAAAUGUUGCAUCUGUUUACAAAAGCAUGCAGUAAAUGAAGCGAUUUCACAAAUGUUUUGCAAAUUUGUUCAAGAAGAAAAAUAUUUUCUAUUUUUUUUAGAUUGCUUGUUUGUCAUAAGAGAAGAUUAGGGUGAACUGAAUGUUAAAUGAAAGUUACCAGGUUGAUCAUGACAAAUAAGAUUUUCAGAUAUACUUUCAUUUAAAUGUUGCAGGAAUUUGAUGCAAAUUUUAACUGAAUACGUGUCACGGCAAGACUGAGAGUGAUAGAUAAUAAUUCACCCUGAUGAAACUUGAAAAAUAUACAUGUACAAUCUGCCAAAUGAUUUUUAGGUGCUUCAAAACAUCCGUACUGUAACAGUCAAAUAUAAACUAUUUUGUGAGUGAGGCUCCUGUGUAGCAGAUGGAUCAUUUUCCUAUCUUUUAGAAAAAAAGAAAUGUUUAUUUGUGACGCUCACAUUGACAUUUUCUACUUUACACGGGAAGAUGACAAAACAUGUUUUUUUAAAACAAGGGUACAUGUUGUUUCAAGCAAUGUAAUGCAGUACAACCAAUUAUAAAUACAUUUUUUUCUGUUAACUACAAGUAAAAAAAAAAAAAAGAAAAAAAAAACUAACAAAACUAAAACAGCUCAGCUGCAAGUGUUUAGGUAGGAGACAAAAAGGCAGGCCCAUAGAAGAACACUUUCUACUGAUCUAUUUGGGACUUUACACAGUAGAUAAUCAUUGCUUCCAAAAUGAACAGAUACUAGGACUAAUGAUACUGUAGCUGACUGCUGCUUUAAAAAAAAAAAAAAAAAAAA